AUGGCCUACACUCUGUACGACGCCUCCGUCCCCCUCCUCCUUGCGGGUCUCAACUCGCUCCUUAACAUCAUCACCAAGGCCGAGGAGUACGCCAAGGAAAAGUCCAUUGACGCCAAGGAGAUUCUCGACUGGAAGCUGGCGGAUGACAUGCUGCCCUUCAGCUUCCAGUUCUUCGUCGCGGCCGACUGCGCCAUCAAGAUCGUCGCCCGCGUUCAGGGCACCGAGCCCGAGGCCCUGGGCAGGGAGUUUGCCAGCCUCGACGACCUGCGCCAGCGCGUCGAGCACACCAUUACCAUCGUCAAGGCCGCCGACCCCAAGACAUUCGAGGCUCGCACCGAUGCCCUCGUGCCCCUUGGACUCGGCUCCGGCAAGGGCGAGGUGCAGAUCAAGGCCCGCGACUACCUCGUCGCCUACGGAAUGCCCAACUUCUUCUUCCACAUUUCCACGGCCUACGGCAUCCUCCGCGCCAAGGGCGUUCAGAUCGGCAAGGGCGACUACCUCACUCCCUUUUCGGCUCCUAUCACGCAGCAACAAUCUGAAAAUGUGGCGGAGAUUAGUAUGGCAGAACUAAGGGAGGCUGAGGCUCUGGCCACCCCCGAGUUUUGGAAUCAGCGUUAUACCAAGUCGGAUGGCUCGCAUCCGACCCACGAAUGGUUCCGCACAUUCGAAGCCCUCGACCCGUUCUUUGAGAAGCAUCUCUUUUCCCAGCGUCGCCCUGACACCUCCCCGCGUAUUAUGCACCUCGGAUCCGGGGAUAGUAUCCACCACUCACCAUUUCCACCACAGACCAUCCCCGCCGACCUUUCGGCACGCGGUUACAAGAACCAGCUCUGCCUAGACUUUUCCACCGUCGUCGUCGACCUCAUGAGACAACGACACGCUGACUUGGCCGGCAUCGAGUGGAAAUGGGCCGACGUCCGCGACAUGCCCGGUGCCGCGCCGACUGCGUCUGUCGACAUCGCUUUUGAUAAGAGCACCCUCGACGCCAUGAUCCAUGGGAGUCCGUGGUCGCCUCCAGUCGACGUUCGUGAGAACACGGCCAAGUACCUCGGCGAGGUCCACCGAGCCCUCAAGGACGACGGGGUGUUUCUGUACAUCACUUACAGACAGCCUCACUUCAUGCGGCCGCUGUUAAAUGCCGAUAAUCUUUGGGACAUGGACAUGGAUGUCCUCUCUGGCGGGGAGAGUGCGUUUGAUUACUAUGGCUUCAUACUGAGGAGGAAAAAGAAGAAAAACGACAUAUAG